AUUCCAAAGUCACUGAGUCAGUAAAACCACCUCAUUCCCAUCUUCUUCCCUCAUUCACUCUCUCUUUCCUCAGAAACAAUGGAGAGAAUCUCAGUGAAGUCCAUUUUUCUCUUCUUGUCCAUUUGCCUUGCCUGCACUUUCGCCAAUGGCUCAAGCCCAAAGAAAACCUACAUUGUCCAGAUGGACAAAUGGGCAAAGCCGGAUGUAUUCACCGGCUAUGGCCAAUGGUACUCGUCGCUGAUAAAAUCAGUAGUGUUCCAGCAAGAACAGGAAAGAGAGAGCGCCGAGGAGGAAAGGGUAAUUUACAGUUACCAGACAGCUUUUCAUGGAGUUUCUGCUCAGCUCACAGAAGAUGAAGUUCAGAGACUUCAAAAACAACAUGGCGUCUUAGCAGUUUUCCCUGAGACUAUCUAUAAACUGCACACGACAAGAAGUCCUAUGUUUCUUGGGCUGUAUAAAAAAGAAGCCGAGAAUCUAUGGGGGGAGAAAUUGUACAGCAAUAAUGUGGUUGUCGGCGUGCUCGACACCGGGAUUUGGCCGGAGAGUCCGAGUUUUAAUGACACGGGAAUGGCGGCGGUUCCGGGGAACUGGAAGGGCGCGUGUGAGACAGGACGAGGUUUCGCGAAACAUCAUUGUAAUAAAAAGAUUGUCGGCGCUAGAAUGUUCUACCACGGCUAUGAGGCGGCGUCCGGGAAGAUUCGCGAGGUGGAGGAGUAUAAAUCGCCGCGAGAUCAGGACGGGCACGGGACCCACACGGCCGCCACGGUGGCUGGGUCGCCGGUUCGCCAGGCGAAUCUGUUCGGCUACGCUUACGGCACCGCUAGAGGGAUGGCGCCCGGCGCGAGAAUCGCGGUUUAUAAAGUGUGUUGGACCGGCGGGUGCUUUAGUUCGGAUAUUCUCUCGGCCGUGGACCGGGCCGUGGCUGACGGCGUUAACGUUCUGUCAAUUUCGUUAGGGGGAGGCGUUUCGUCUUAUGCUAGGGACAGUUUAUCCAUAGCGACUUUUGGGGCUAUGGAGAUGGGCGUUUUCGUGUCGUGUUCGGCCGGUAACGGCGGACCGGAUCCGAUUAGUCUCACGAAUGUUUCGCCGUGGAUAGCCACGGUCGGGGCCAGCACCAUGGACCGGGAUUUUCCGGCCACGGUUAAGCUCGGAACGGGUAAAACCAUAACCGGAGCUUCACUUUAUAAAGGUACGAGGAAUCUACAAAAACAGUAUCCUUUAAUUUACGUCGGAAACAGUUCGUCCGGUCCCACUCCCAGCUCGCUCUGCUUAGAAGGCACACUAGACCGCCGCGCCGUCGCCGGAAAAAUUGUGAUUUGCGACAGAGGGAUUAGUCCGCGGGUUCAGAAAGGCCAAGUGGUCAAAGACGCGGGCGGAGUAGGAAUGAUUCUCUCAAACACCGCCGCGAACGGGGAGGAAUUGGUGGCGGAUAGUCACCUUCUCCCGGCAGUGGCCGUCGGCGAAACAGCCGGAAAUUCAAUCAAGAACUAUGUUUCCGGUGGCCGGAAUCCCACCGCCACGUUAGCAUUCCUCGGGACCAAAACCGGAAUCCGGCCGUCGCCGGUGGUGGCGGCGUUUUCAUCCCGAGGCCCAAAUUUCCUCACCCUGGAGAUUCUAAAACCGGAUUUCGUCGCCCCGGGAGUCAACAUUCUCGCGGCCUGGACCGGCGAUUUGGGACCGUCCAGUCUCCCGACAGAUCAACGGCGGACAAAUUUCAACAUCUUAUCCGGGACCUCCAUGUCUUGCCCACACGUCAGCGGAAUCGCCGCUCUGCUUAAAGCCCGACACCCGGAUUGGAGCCCCGCCGCCAUUAAAUCAGCGCUCAUGACAACCUCGUACGUUCACGACAACACAUUCCGUUCCCUCAAGGACGCGGCGACAAGAACAAACUCAACCUCGUACGACCACGGCGCCGGCCACAUAAACCCGGUAAAAGCCGCAAAUCCCGGCCUAAUCUACGACAUCUCCCCGCAGGAUUACUUCGAUUUCCUCUGCACCCAAGAUCUCGAGCCCGACCAGCUCGCCGUUUUCGCGAAAUUCUCCAACCGGACCUGCAAACACGCGAUUUCCAAUCCCGGAGACUUGAACUAUCCGGCCAUCUCCAUGAUAUUCCCGGAGGACACUCGGGUUUCGGCGGUGACCAUUCGCCGGACCGUCACCAACGUCGGGCCUCCGGUCUCCAGUUACCACGUGGCAAUCACGGAAUUCAAAGGCGCCACUGUCAAACUUGAGCCCACAAGACUGAACUUCACGAGGAAAAACCAGAGAUUGUCGUACAAGAUAACUUUUACCAGAAAAGAGCGGCAAACGGCGCCAGAGUUUGGACACAUGAUUUGGAAAGAUGGGAAUCAUAAGGUGAGAAGCCCGAUCAUAGUCACAUGGCUUACGCCUGUAUGAUCCAUUAUUGCAUUCCAGGCUAGCUGCAAAAUAUUCACAAUAAUAAGAAUCUGUCUGAGCCAUCCAGAUUUGGCUACUUAGUUUAUUUCAAGAAUUCAAGACUGUACUGUUUUUUCGUUAUGUUACUGUGGUGCAUCAUAUCAUCGCUCCAUUAGAGUGUGUUCAUUUUGGUAACUCAAAAUCUUGAUUGAAUUGGAGAUCGUUGCUGAUGAUGAUUUUACACAGUCAAAUUAAAAUAGGUAAAGUUUGUAAAUUUCUUCUUGGAAUUUUUCACUAUGCAUUUAUUCUUAGAGUUAAUUCUGAAUUUAGUUAUUUGACUGUCACUUAUUUUUAAGUUCCUAGGAUUCCUACCUUAAUGUCAUAAUUGUAUCUAGAGCUGUCAAAACGGGCCCAACCCGUCAAGUUGGGCCCGUUUACCCGUGUAUUAGGACGGAUUGGGUCGGAGAAAUCUCAACCCGUCCCGUUUUCGACCCGACCCGCUAAGCCCGUAUUUGAUACGGGCUAAACGGGCUCAACCCGGGUAACCCGUGGGUUACCCGGCCCGUGCAUAUAUAUAAAAAAAAUAAAAAAAUUACGUAUAAUAUAAAUAGCAAAUUCCUAAAUCCUAAACGGCUAAACCAGUAAGGCCGAAGGGCGAAGGCGCAUAAUCCCUAAUUCCCAUUUCCCCAGCGAUUUGCGAUUUGCGAUUUGCGAACAACGAGCGACGGCGACUCCGACCAGCUGCGCGGACGACGGCGACCAGCCCUCAGCCGCUCAGCGACUGCGACCAGCGACCGGCAACGAGCCCUCAGCCGCUCAGCGACCACCGACCAGCCCUCCCCUCCGCGACCGGCGACCAGCCCUCCCCUCCGCGACUUUGACCAGCGACCAGCCCUCUCCGAGCCUCCGCCUCCGCGACCGCGACCACGACCACUGACCAGCCGGCUGUGUUCUGCUUCUUGAAUCUGGACCUCUGAUGCACAAGGAGAAUGUGACAAGUUUAGCUUCUACUUCAAUUUCAACUUCAUCUUCUACACAUGUUCAAGCACAUUCCUCUCAUGCACCACAACUCAAUUACUUUGGAGAGUAUACCGAUUAUUCUAGUGAAAAUGUGAGUGUUAUUAAAAAAUCUGAUCUAGAUACAUAUCUAGAAGAGGGAAAGCUAGAUACUAAGUCAAACAUGCACUUGGAUGUUUUACAAUAUUGGAAAGAACAUCAAGCUAGAUUUCCAUGUCUAUCCAAAAUGGCUUGUGAUCUAUUGAGCAUUCCAAUCACUACAGUUGCUAGUGAAAGUUCUUUUAGCAUUGGCUCAAGAGUUUUGACAAAGUAUAGAUGUUCUCUUCUCUCGGAAAAUGUUCAAGCACUGAUUUGCACUCGCAAUUGGUUGCAAGGAUAUAGUUGUGAAGAUGUAGAUGAUGAAGGUGUUAAUGUCGAUGAAUGAAUCAAUUGAGAAGGCUUCUAAUGUCUUUGGUGGAUGAAGAUGCUAUGUUGGCAUAUUGCUAUUGGCUAUUGGCUUAGGAAAUGAUAAGUGAUGAAUGCAAUUAUGCAAAUGAACUUUUAAUGUUUAACUUGUUUAUGGAUUUAUGGACUUAGAUUUAAAUUGUGAGACUUGAAUACUUUGAAGUUUGAAUGUUUUGUUAAGAAGUAAUUGUAAUAACUUAAGAUUAUGGGCUUAUGGUUUGAAAUUUGAAUGUUUUGUUAAAAUUUGAA